GGGGCCUCGUAUACCCACUCGCUGAGUUUGUUCUCCUAAAUCCCUAGCUCGUCUGUACCACCGAAUCCCUUUUUCCGGCGCCGUCCUUCAAUCCAUCCGUCUACGCCAUGGCGACCGGCAACAACUGCACUUCGGAAUCGGAUAUGCCAACACGAGUACUCCUUGGCCGUUGCAGAAAACAACCACGAAUCGGUUCAAAAGCAACAAGCCCUCCUCCCACCACGAUGAUCGGCAAACUCGGAGACGAUCUCCUCGUAGAGAUUCUAGUUCGCAGCUUCCCCGAUCCCAAAUCUGCCUUUCGCUGCAAAGCCGUCUGUAAGCGCUGGAACUCCCUGAUUUUGAGUCCCUGCUUCAAUCGCCGUAUGGUUUCUCACCAUCAGAACGUGAAGCUGCACCCCAAGGAGCUGCAAUCUGCCAUCCUCAGCCUUCUGCCUCCCAUGCCCAGUAGAGUUGGAGGCAGUCUGAAAGUCUUGGAUUGCUACAAGGACUUGGUUUUAUGCGGGUUUUGGGAUGUAAAUGAGGACAAGGGGAACAUAGCAGGUCUUACUUGAUCUGCAAUCCGUUUACCAAGCAGUGGGUCGCUCUUCCUUUAGCCCCCAGGAAGCUAGAUGGGUAUUUAUCACCGGUGACAAGGUUAGUUUGUGAACCCCUUAUUUCUAAUAAACUUGAUCUAGGAGAUGACCAGUCAAUUAUUUAUUCCGAGUAUCGCUGCCGGGUGGUGUGUAUAUAUCAAGAUGUGGAGCCGUUGUGUCUAAAGCUCGACGUGUUUUGUUCGGAGUCUGGAGAAUGGAUAAAAGAUGCUCUUGUUCUUGACAAAUACCUGAGAGUCGGAGCUAAAUGUAUAAGUGUGUGCAGUGGGGAGUUUUUCUGGAUGCACACGAAAUUCUGUCGAGAAAAUGCUGUGAAAUUGGUGGCUGGGUUCAAUCCUUUCCGCCUUGAUAUACCUCCCGCUUGCAUUGAUACUUCUACAUUCGCGUCAGAAGAUAUUUGGGCAAUUUCGAGUUCACAAGGUGCUCUUCAUGUAAUUUCAUACCAAACCAAUAUUGAUCCUCGUCGUGUAAUCGUUUGGAGACUAGAAGAAGACCGCAAAUCUUGGAGGAAACAAUAUGAAGGGUUGGUGAAGAACCCAAGGUGCUGUAGCUAUGAAGCUAACGAUGAAUCCUUUCGACCUUUUCUGCAUCCACAUAAACCAGAGAUUGUCUUCUUCCAGUGUGGUGCUUGUGGGAGUACUUUAUGGUCCUGCGAUUUGAGAAGGGAAGAGUUGGAGUUACACGCUAUAGUGGAAGAGGUGGAUGGUAGCCAUUCUUAUGCUAAGGUGUUUGAGCCUAGGUUCUCUUGCUGGCCGACACCAAUUCCAAGAUACAAGGAGUUGCGAGGCAUGUACAAUGGAAGCUACAGUUUUUGGGCUCAGGGCAGCAGUGAAGCAAGAUCUCCAACCCUCGAUACUUGGUGAUUACUUAUGCUUGUACAUUUACUUUCUUUUCUGCUAUUUUUACAAUUUUGUUUGCUUUUGUAAUUUAUCAAUGUUGUCAAAUCGAUUCCAUUCGGAGCUUAUUCAGAGAUUUCAGCACCCUAAAACAAUAACAACAAAGCCAACCCUGAUUUAAAUUAGGAGAAAUACAGAUUGUUGCCUACUGCCACAAACUUCAGGUAACUGUACCCUAUCAUCUUUGCCAUAUAGGUGGCGUAACUUUAAUCCUAAGUAGUCUUGCUGCUGAUUCGAUUAUCUGGCCGAACCUAGACCUCUUUGAUCCUUUAGCUUGUCUUCUUUGGUGGAGAACUUCUGGGUGGAAAUCAACCUUUUUCCUGCUCGUGCUCCAAGUCUAGGAGAAAGUGGUGGAAGAACUCCCUAGAGCUUUGUUUUUUUUUUUCAGACUUAAUAGGCAUCCAUGUGAGAAACACAAGCAGAUAACAGUCAGAAUGCAUCAAAAGGCUCUGUUGUGCUAUAAAGCAGUACGACAAUGCCAUUAGAAUAAGAAAUAUAUUCAAAAUAUAAAACCCGCUAACGCCUCUGUACUGUACACGCAAAGACCUUUGCACUGCUCAUAUAGACUCAAAAUUCCUGUUCACUCCCCUCUGAUUGGUUGUUGGGCAAGGGUGGGCCCUUUGUAUCCCUUGGGAGCUUGGCGGGUGAUCUUCAGUGUGCAGGUGGAGUUCCAGUUUGAUUCUGAUGCCUGGUCUGCUUUGGAUUGUGUUUGGUUACUCUCUUUUGGUUUCUUUGGGUUGCUGCAAACUGGAGCUUGGUUUCAGUCGCGUUGGUCACAGGGAGUCUUUCCUUUAUCUGUGAUUUCUGAGUGAUUCGAUGGCUGGUCAUGAUCUUUGCUCUGAGGGGCUGGGGAGGUCGCUUCCGUUUUGUAUUGACGGUGACGAUGAUUGACGUGGGUGGCAGUCAGAUUGCUUUUUUUAGUUUUUCCAUUUCAGGUUAUGGAUGGUUUCACAUUGUUUUAGGCAGUAUCCUGUGCCCUUUCGAAAUCCGAAAAGCUGUUCAGAGGGUUCUUGCUUGGUUGGCAGGCCGCCACAUCGCCAACUAUCCGGCCCAGUCUCCCAUAUCAUCUCCACUGACUCACCAUAGAAGUGGAGAAGCCGAGGAGUCCGUGCAUAUCUCUUCCUCUCCUUUCCUCUCUGCCAUGGCGAGGAGCACCCCACAACCUCCGGCUCUCUCAUUUUUCUUCUGCGUUGGAGUAAGAAGCAAUCAACAGAUGGACUUAGG